GCGAGAGUGGGCGGGGCUGUGCCGGCUCGUGAGAGGGCCGCCGCGCAGCUCCGUGCAGGCUUCGACGUGCUGGGCCUCGACGGCGACACAUGGGGCCGUGCCAUGGAGGUGCUCGAGGCCUACAUCGCGCGGGAGGGCGCGCGCCCGCACCUGGUCACGGUUCAGGAGGUCCGCCCUGGGCCCCGCCAGCUGGAGAAUGCUCGCCGCCGAGCCCGCGGCUUGGGCUACGCGGCCUUCUUGCAUGCUGCUGCGCCCACUGGACAGGCUGCCCUUGCCCAUUCAGGUGGCGUCGGAGUGCUUGUCCGUGAGGACCUUCAGGCGCGGGAGGCUCAGUGGCGAGUGCCAGGGGACGUCAAGCACCGCAUGAUCGCCAUCAGGGUGGCCGCUGCCUCGGGCAUGAAGCUGCUGGCUUGCUCCUGGUACCUGCAGGAUGGCCUCGGGCCCAAAGGUGUCAACUUGGACAUCAUCGGAGCCCUGGGGGACCUGGUGCUGACCGAGGGGCUGCCUUGGCUCGUGCAAGGCGACUUCAACAUGGAGCCUGGGACCCUCCACGAGUUAGGGUGGCCAGCCCUUCAGCGAGGUGCCUACCUUGGGCCAGCCGAGCCCACGUGCAUGGCCUCGGGCACGGAGCGGGUGCACGACUGGUUCGCGAGCUCGUUCUGCCUCUCCCACGGGGUCGCCAACGCCGCCGCCCUGGACGGCUACGCGUUGCACCAGCACAAGCCAGUCCGACUGCGGCUGCAGCACCUGCGGCCAGAUGCGCUGGUGAAAGUCCUGGUGAGGCCUGGCCGCUUCCCAGACGUGGAGGCCGCCGACUGCAGGGCCCAUGAGGACGCCGUCGUGCAGGUGUUUCGGCGCAGCGGGCGAGCUCAGUGGCAGGCCGAGGCUUGCAGCUGGAGCUGGGAGGCAGGCGCGCUGCCCCGCGACCUGCCUGCUGCAGCGUAUGAGUGGAUGGAGGCGGUCGAGGGCGCGUUGGUGGGCAUCCACGACAUCCAGCCCGCCGCUUACAGGCGCUUCCUGGGCCGAGCCGCGGGGCCGAGGCGUGCCCUGAAGCCGAUGAGCGCGGUUGCGAAGCGAGAGUACCGCUUCCGUCACUCCGAGUUGACCCACGCCAUUCGGCAGGCCCUCGACCUGGCUCUGCAGAGGCUGGCCGCCGAUCGGAGUGAGAGGUGGCGGCCGUCGCACGAGGGCUGGUACUCGCGCGAGGCGGAGCGCAUCACGGGCCCCCUUGGGCUCGCCACGGCUGCGGCCCGCGAGGAGGAGGAGGCGGAGCAGCUCGCCUUCGACACCAGCGGGUGGAGCGACCUCGUCGGCCAGGCAGGAGUCCACGGCCACGUCGGCGCCAUCGCGGAGCUCCAGCGACGGCUCUACAGCUCGCAGCGGCGCGACGGAGUCGUCGAUCCAGACACGGGCAUGCCGCUGGCAGGUAUGAUAGCCAUUGGGCAGCUGGGGGCCAACUGGCAAGCCCUCUGGCAGCAGGAAGGCUUCAAGGGAGGAGCCGACGUCGGCACCUGGGACGUCCAGGGCUCGGAGCAGACCAGCUACACCCUAGACAGCUGCUGCUCCUACCGCGCGCCCUCCAGCUCCGCUGCUGGCAGCCUCUUCCUGGACAUUGUGAAGUUCUACGAGAAUCUUCGGCAUGACGUGCUCUGGAGCUGCGCCAUCGAGCACAAUUUCAAUCUUCGGUUAUUGAGGGGGCUGUUGGCCUUGCAUCAAGCCCCCCGCUUCAUCUGUUUCGCGGGCCUGGUCUCCGACGACUUCAGCUCGCAAGGCACCGUCCUCGCGGGCUGUGCGUGCGCUACUACGCUGGCCAAGCUGCCGCUCCUCGGACCCCUUCGUGCCGUGUCUUCAGGAGGCCGCCUGCUCGUCAUUGGCAGGAACGUCGUCGACGACGUGGCCCUUCAAGCACUGGGAACUCGACGCCUUGUCGUGGAGCAACUUGGCGGCGCGGGGGCGGAGAUGGCGCGGCAGCUCGGGGGCUUGCACCUCCCGCUCAGCGCCAAGAAGUCAGUGUACCUCGCGUCCUGCUCUGGCCUGGCCCAGGAGCUGGGCGAGCACUGGAAGGCGCACGGCAUGAAGUUCGAGAGGGCUCACCAAGCCCGCAACUUGGGCACGGAUGCGAGCAUCACGAUGAGAGGAGUCCGCGAAGGGCGAGGGCGGGCGCGGGGCGCGCUUCAGCGUGCGCGGCGCCUGCUAUGCUUUCGAGCGGCAGGAGUCGAGGUGGACCUGAUCCACAAGGCUGGGCCUACUUCCAGUAUGAUAUGGGGGCGGACGGUUGCUGGCGUGGCCGACGGAGAGUUGCACAGUUGGCGAGUCACCGCGUGCCGCAGCGCUGGGCGGCCCCCCCGCGGCGCGGCCCUCGGCCUCAGGCUGCGGUGUGCGGAGCUCCGCAGGGGCCGCGACCUGGAUCCGCUCGUGCUGAUCACGGAUCGCUCGCUCCAGAUGCUGGCAGGGCUUUUACACUCGGGCGAGCUCUCCCUGCCGAUGCUCAGGGGCGAGCUCGAGGCUGCAGCUUCGCGGCAGGCGGCAGCAACGGCGCCCUGGGUGCACUGCAACUCCCCCGUGGAUGCAGCUGUCCUCACCCUGGGCAGGAUCGGCUGGUACUUCAGGUCCGAGCGGUGCCUCAUCACGGACGUCGGGGACGUGCUGGACUUGACGCUGUUGGGGCCGCGCGAGCUCGGCAUUGAAGCCGGCCUUGGGGCGAGGCGCGCCUCGGAUCGACACGAGAUGCAGAAGCUGGCCAGCGCCUCUUCUUUGCAGGGUUCUUUCUUUUGGGACGCCUUCAAGGAGCUCAUCGGGCCAGGAGGCAAGUUCAGCGAGCGCGAGAGGAACUGGCUGGUCGCCUACCUCACGAACGCGCACUGGCCGCAGGCGAGGCUCCACGGCGCCCGCGAGAGCGGCCACGCCCGCUGCAGAUGCUGUGGAGCCGCGCGGGGCACCCUCUGGCACAUAUUGUUCGAGUGCCCCAUGCUUGCGGCCCAGCGGAGGGACUCGGUCUCGCCAGCACUGAUGAGGAGCGCUGUGCGGGUCCGCGCCCAGGGAGAGGCAGCAGGGGAGGACUUCGCUCGGCGCUGGCUGCCAGCGCCGCCGCCUCCUCAAGGGCCUCGCACGGACGCCAUGAGCGCCUGGUGGAUACGCAGGCCUCCCGACGACAAGCUCAAUGGCAAGUUGUGUUUGGACGGCUCGGCGGUCGACCCGCAGUUCGGCUCCUUGAG